UCUCCUCGCCUCCCAAGAGAAACUUGAACUACUGAAACAAUGUCUUGCUGUGGAACCUGCCCCCAGGGCUGCUGCUGCUGCAGCAUCCCCUCUGGUCCUGCCACCACCAUCUGCUCUUCAGACAAAUUCUGCAGGUGUGGAGUUUGCCUGCCCAGCACCUGCCCCCAUGAGAUCAGCCUUCUCCAGCCCACUUGCUGUGACUGCGGAUGCCCUCCCCCUUGCUGUGUGCCCGAUCCCUAUGUGCCAUCUUGCUGGUUGCUCAACUCCUGCCACCCGACCCCCAACCUGUGUGGCAUCUCAGUGACCACAUGCAUUCAGCCCUGUGAGUGUGACCCAUCUUGCUGCUAGGUACCAUUUUAAAAGAGAUACCUUGGUUUUUGCCAGCUUAUCAACAUGACUCCUGAGGAACUCUGGCAUUUGCUAAGGGCAAUUUAGCAAACAAUUGAAUACUCUCAAAGAAAUCGUUCAGUAUUUGGACAUUACAGUUCAUGAAAUGUUUUCUCAAGGUGCUUUAAAACAUCUGAAAAAAGAAAUGGAAAACAUCAGUAAUAUAACUAUGCAUAUUUGUUACAUGGAUUUUUUUCUAUUUUGGUAUUUGGGGUUGGAGU